CAUACUACUUAGUAUACUAGAUAGUAGAAGCAGUCAGAAAGCGAAGCUUACAUGGCGGUCCGCAACUAGACUCCAUCGUGACCGAGACCAGUCGAGCCAAGCUACCUCAGAGCGUGAGCGGUCCUGGUACAUGGAGGAACAGGAGAAGCUACAAAAGGAACUAAAUGUGGUGUCGGCCCAAGCGGAGUCAGCCAAGGAUGCCGAGGACCGGAUGUAUUACCGGGAGACAGUGCUCUUGCUCAAAAUGGAGCUUUUGCUACGUGAGAAGCUUGGCUCGGCGGCUGGCCUGGGGGUGGGGAGCGCAGCAGGAGCUGGCCUGGCAGCUCGCAAGCUGCGGCUCCGGCAAGACCCGCAGAACCAGGACCUGUUCUUCUUUGAGCCCAUGGACACCAACAGCGCUGCAGCUGCCGCAAGUCCUGGCGUGAACAGCAGGUUCUUCCUGGACCCCGAGGGCAGGCAGACAGAUGAGCUGCAGGAUUGGCUGCGCCUCGCCGACGAACUGCACCGUGAGGGCGAACCCAUCUUGCCGCUGUUCAUCAACGGUCUGGUCAAGAACGGCAAGUCCUACAUGCUCAACGAGGUCCUGCCUGCGGUGGCUAACACGUACUACUGCAGCGCCGGCAGCGGCCGGCAGCACGCCGGCGCGGUGCUUUCAGAGCCCAACUUCCUGCGCGUGGACUGCUUGGGCUGCGACCGCAGCAGUGGCUGCGGUGGCUUCCUUAAGGGCGUCCUCCUUAGACUCAAGCAGAGCGCAGCCGACCAGCAGCUCUUUGCUGCCGCCAUCACGCCCGUACCCAGCGACUCCUCCGCGGGUGCCAUGGCGGACGGCAUUCAGGACUUCAUGCGGCGCCUGCCACGGGACCGUCUGAACUUCCUGCUGAUCGACCAGGCGGAGAGCUUUUACCUGAUGGCGCGGCCCGUGUCGGACAAAUGUCCGCCGCGCGGCUCAACCCUGGACGUGGACGCGGUGCUGCACAUGCGGCGCAUCCUCAAGGAACUCCUGCUGCACAGCCCCCACUGGGUCGCCUGGGCCGUCACAGGCAGCAGCUCCAUGGCGACGCUAUGGGCCAACGUUGCAGACACCCCGACCAACGGUUGGCCCCUGAGCAUGCACCACCGCCGACUCAACCUGAGCCCCACGGUGUCCACGGACGUGCUGCAAGUCGCUUGGAAGCAGCUCAAAGCCCAGGCCGCGAACUGGGAUCCGCCGCUGCCGAACGACCUGGUCUGGCGGUCGCCGCCGCAGAUCGCCACGCUUGCCUACUUGUGCCAGGAGUGGAGGUACAGCCGCACGGCUAGCACAGCUGCGGAGCUGGUCGAUCAAACCAUGACGCAAAAGCUCAUUCCCGAGGUGCUGGCGGACCUGCGCAUGGCGCUGCACAUGCUGGGCCAGCCUGCUGCACACUUGCUACUUCUGCGUGAGCUGCUGGACCCGAUGGCUGGAGUGGAGCCGGCCAAGCUCCCGUUGGCGUUCAAGUUGCUGCUGGCCAGCUUCGCCACAGAGCGCGAGGGAAAGCUGUACCUGGACUACCCACUGCUCGCUCAGGCGGUCACCACGGAGUCCGAAGAGCUGUUCGUGACCGGGGAGUGCUACGGAGCGCCGGAAAAUCGUAUCAGCGAGUUGGUGACUAAGUCAUACGACAGCCCAAUGCCCAGGCGCAGCAAGGCCCCGGGCGCAUCGGCCACAGCAACGCCCAGGGCGCAGUUGCAGCCUCACGCGGGGCCCGUGCGCCCAAUCUCGCUGCAUUUGGGCAGGCGGCUGCUGGGGCGUGCCACCGUCGUCCAGCCGCGUUACAUGGGACGGAUGUGAACGCCGCGUGCUGUACAACGGCGGCUCACAAGGCGUCGGGCGGCCGGGCCCGUCGCCAGACAGCAAGAAGGCGUGCGGCCGAGCCCACGGCCGCGGCCACCCACCCCGAUGGAGUGUUAUUGCGGGCGCCCUCAGCCCUGGCGGCACCAGCGGUGCCAGUGGCGGCUGCUGCGGUGUUCGGGCAGCAGGUGCCGGGGACGGCGUCAGCACCUGCAGACGCCGGUACCGUCCCCUCUACUGCUGGUGGUGCUGCGGCGGCUGCAGCUCGCGGCCUACGGCGGCUGGGAGCCGGCGGCGCGGCAUUCAUUGACGCGCUGUGCUGCGUGCCUGUGUUAGGAGGAUGCAGCGAAGGGGGCAGGGUCUGGUGGGUUGCCACCCCUACCGCGUCGAUUCUUCUGUUUGGUAUUAGAUCCGCACCCCAGGCUGGCCCACAUCAACUGUGUUUGCGCCAUGGUUCCGGGCUUUGUUCCCUGGGCGCCAUGUGCCAGCAUGGCGUGCAGCGCUGCCAGAUCUGUUUCCCGCGUGCCAGCGAGAAGGAGAAGCACCAUGAGCACGAGUGCGGCCCGGCCCGCGGCGCGGAGGAUGAGGCGGACGUGUAGGCGUCACAGAUGGAUGGUCGGGACCUGUACCACGAACGGGCCUCGUGAGGCUCAACCGAGUCGUGUAGACGGCACCCCGCACGCUAGAUGACGGUGGCGACCUUGGCUGGUGCUGCAUCCAGGGACGUAGUCAGUUUUGUACACAAGAUGCAAGCCAACAUCUCCAUGCAUACACAUUGAAGCACGGCAGACUGGACCAGCAUCGCUUUAUUUUGAAAUAAAUGUGCAGCGCGAAGUGGCGAAUUGGAGCUUGGAGGCGUGUGAUCAGGACGUGCGUGUGCAAUACACGACGUGUCAAUCAUGACAGCAGUCCAGAUGUACCGUGUUCCACCAGAGUUGGUUGGGGGGAGGUGGGCUGGUGGCAGUGCGGUAGGCAGCGCCAGGACGGACCAGGGACGGAGGCGAGGCCGCAGGCAGGACGUGGCGACAGGGCGCGCAGCUGUGAUGUACCAGUACGCAAGGCCAGCAGAUGAGACCAGAUGAGCGGCAUGAGCGGGACUGGCCGCAGCCGCCAAUACAACAUGCGGGCCUAGUGCUGUGGACUGUAUGGAGAGCCACGUGUACGGUAUUGAACGUGAAAUCUUACAACAGGCUG